AGCGGUCAGCUGUGUUUGCAACUACUCUCUAAGAAUUGACUCCCUAAGUGUUGUAAAAACGUCUAAUCAUCUGCAAUUACUGUUUUAAACUGUGCUCAAGUGUGUUCUCCAUCGAAUAAACUACCAGUGUGAAUAAAAAUAGUGAAAACAACGCAAAUUACAAUCGCGCUGAAUCAUACAUCAACCAACAGUCAGCGCAGUCACCAUUAAGUCCAGCGCGAAGCCCACAGGUGAACAACACGGUUACGCACAGCGCAUAAGCACCAUAGUCGCGCGCACCCACCCGCUACUAGUCACCACUACGUCACCGCGCAUGCGCCGUGCAUUGGGUCAAAGAUUAAACAGCGCAGAAGCGCCUCUGCAAUCGAGAUUUUUUUGCUUAAAACGUCAUUUUGAGUCGCCUCCUUGUCGCAAUAAGCAACUGCUUUUAAUAAUAUUAGCACACUGCCUUGAAUAGUAGGCUUAAAAUCAGAAUAUCACACGAUAAUAGCCUAUCCCCUGCCCCUGACCAUUUUUAAAGGCAAUAUCACAUCUAGCAAAACUAUUGCCAUGCCUCUCACUUCAGACUUAUCGAAUAUGACAUGGGGUUGUUGUAAUAUGAGCGACCUGGACGACAGCAGGGGUUAUGUUUGCUGCAUGCAAUGUAAAAAAUACUACCACAACGAAUGCUUACUUACCUCGGGAGUCAAAGAAAUUGCACUGGGGGCUGACUGGGCUUGUCCAUUAUGCUCUUUGGAAAAACAAAGGCGAUCAAAGCAUGACAACGCACCGAUCAAAGCUUCAACGAGCAGUAGCAGCAACAAAGCCUCCCACCCUAACCAGCCUAAGUCUACCAGAAGAGUCAAAAGGCCGGCUAUUUCGUCAUCUCCCGAGAUGUGUGUAGAGGAAGUGGAGGCGCCAGAGUAUAUAAAUAAGGACGAUCUGAGGAGUGUAGUGACCGACGUCGUCAGGGCGGAACUAAAAGAUAUGUUUACCCAGUUCCAAAACUCCUUCUCUAAUAUGAUUGAUACCCGGCUAAAAGCUGUUACCGACGAGCUUAAAGAUCUAAAAACGUCCAUGAACUUUAUAAGUGAACAAUAUGAGGAUUUUGCUAAGGAGAUGAAUAGCUGCUCGUCUAGUGUGAAGAAACUAAAAGAAGAUAGCUCUAGUAUGCAAGAAAUGAUCAAAGACCAGAACAAUAAAAUUAACCAACUUGAACAACGCGCUCGUAUGACCAAUCUCGAGCUACAAUGCAUUCCCGAAAAUAAGAAUGAAAACCUCAUUAACCUCGUAACCAGAAUAGGAGAAGUAAUUGGAUGUAUUAUUGAGCAAGAUAAGAUUUUGUACUGCACAAGAACAGCUAAAGCCAACCCUUCCAGUACACGACCCAGAAAUGUUAUAGUUCAGUUUAGCUCUCCUCGAGUGCGUGAUUCAUUUUUGGCUGCAUCAAUCUCUUACAAUAAAAAACACAAGCUGGAUAAACUAAACACCUCUCUACUCGGUAUAGGUGGCGAGAAGAAACCUAUUUUCAUCACAGAGCAUUUAUCACCUACAAACAAGGCGUUACACGCAGCCGCAAGACUUAAAGCUCGGGAGUUGGACUUCAAAUAUGUCUGGGUAAAGGAAGGCAGAAUCUUCAUGCGAAAAGACGACGGCUCAGACUACAAACUAAUCAAGAGUAUGGACUGUUUAAAUAAGUUGAAAUAGGAUUCUUAUACUACUUUUACUCGUUAUUAUAA